GCCUGCACGGGGAGCGGGAGGGUUCUACUCACACAAGCGCUUCCUCGCGGAGAGGUUGGAGCUGCAGCAGCCGCAGGCCUGGGCCACUGCUUCUCUGUCGUCUCCUCUUCCUCAGGGCUUCCUGGUCCGCUCGCCCUCCGACGCUGCCCAGGUUUCAAGCACUGGAGGUACAAUGAUUCCAGUUCUCAUGUAAUCUACAUGGAGAGAGAGAAAGACAACAAAUAAAUACACAAAUAAAAUAAUUGAGAUGCUGAUGGGGAAGAAAUAAACAGCGUAUUUGGGGCUAAGCUCACACCCCUGAAUGCAAAUAUAACUGAUGUCUAUUGUGGUAACUAGAAACCAAGCAAGGAAUUUGACAAGAAACUGAAGUGUUGGGCAAAAAUUAUUUUGAGUUUGAAAUCAGACAUGUAUUAGAGUUUAGAUUCUUUCAUUUGAUUAAGGUAUGGUCUGAAUAUGCGUUGCUUGGCAGCUCGGGUCAACUAUAAGACUUUGAUUAUCAUCUGCGCACUCUUCACUUUGGUGACGGUACUUUUGUGGAAUAAGUGUUCCAGCGACAAAGCUAUCCAGUUUCCACGGCACUUGAGUAGUGGCUUCAGAGUGGAUGGAUUAGAAAAAAGAGCAGCAGCGUCUGAGAGUAACAACUAUGUGAAUCAUCUGGCCAAACACUCAGAGGAGGCAUUUCCUCUGGAACAGCAGAAAGCACCCCCUGUCGCUGGGGGCUUCAAUAGCAAUGGGGGGAGCAAGGUGUUAGGGCUCAAAUAUGAAGAAAUUGACUGUCUCAUAAAUGAUGACCACACAAUUAAAGGGAGACGAGAGGGGAAUGAAAUCUUUCUUCCAUUCACUUGGAUAGAGAAAUAUUUUGACGUCUAUGGAAAGGUGGUUCAGUAUGAUGGCUAUGAUCGGUUUGAAUUCUCUCAUAGCUAUUCCAAAGUCUAUGCACAGAGAGCUCCUUAUCACCCUGAUGGUGUGUUUAUGUCCUUUGAAGGCUACAAUGUGGAAGUCCGAGACAGAGUCAAGUGCAUAAGUGGGGUUGAAGGUGUACCUUUAUCUACACAAUGGGGACCUCAAGGCUAUUUCUACCCAAUCCAAAUUGCACAGUAUGGAUUGAGUCAUUACAGCAAGAAUCUAACGGAGAAACCUCCUCACAUAGAGGUAUAUGAGGCAGCAGAAGAUAGGGACAAAACUAGCAAGCCCAGUGACUGGACUGUGCCAAAGGGCUGCUUUAUGGCUAGUGUGGCUGAUAAGUCUAGAUUCACCAAUGUUAAACAAUUCAUUGCUCCAGAGACCAGUGAAGGUGUAUCUUUGCAGCUGGGGAACACAAAAGAUUUUAUUAUUUCAUUUGACCUCAAGUUCUUGACAAAUGGGAGUGUGUCCGUGGUACUGGAGACUACAGAAAAGAAUCAGCUCUUCACUAUACAUUAUGUCUCAAAUACCCAGCUAAUUGCUUUUAAAGAAAGAGACAUAUACUAUGGCAUUGGACCCAGAACUUCAUGGAGCACGAUUACCAGGGACCUGGUCACUGACCUCAGGAAAGGAGUGGGUCUCUCCAACACAAAAGCUGUCAAGCCAACCAAAAUAAUGCCCAAGAAGGUGGUACGGUUGAUUGCAAAAGGUAAAGGAUUCCUUGAUAACAUUACCAUCUCGACAACAGCCCACAUGGCUGCAUUCUUCGCUGCCAGUGAUUGGCUGGUAAGGAACCAGGAUGAGAAAGGUGGCUGGCCAAUUAUGGUAACCCGUAAGUUAGGGGAAGGGUUCAAGUCUUUAGAGCCAGGGUGGUACUCUGCCAUGGCCCAAGGGCAAGCCAUUUCUACAUUAGUCAGGGCCUAUCUACUAACAAAAGACCAUAUAUUCCUCAAUUCAGCUUUAAGGGCAACAGCCCCUUACAAGUUUCUAUCAGAGCAGCAUGGAGUUAAAGCGGUGUUUAUGAAUAAACAUGACUGGUAUGAAGAGUAUCCAACCACACCUAGCUCUUUUGUUUUAAAUGGCUUUAUGUAUUCUUUAAUUGGGCUGUACGACUUAAAAGAAACUGCAGGAGAAAAACUCGGGAAAGAAGCAAAGUCCCUGUAUGAGCAUGGCAUGGAAUCCCUGAAAGCCAUGCUCCCCUUGUAUGACACUGGCUCAGGAACCAUCUAUGACCUCCGGCACUUCAUGCUUGGCAUCGCUCCCAAUCUGGCCCGCUGGGACUAUCACACCACUCACAUCAAUCAGCUGCAGCUCCUCAGCACCAUUGAUGAGUCCCCAAUCUUCAAAGAAUUUGUCAAGAGGUGGAAAAGCUACCUUAAAGGCAGCAGGGCAAAGCACAACUAGAGCUCACAACCAAAACCCUAUUUCAGCCUCUGCUGUGCACGAAAACUGCAGGCCCUGUCUCAGCAGAGCAUAGGCACAUGUUCGAAGGCCGAAGGCCGCAGACUAGGUGUUUGUGGAUGGCAUCAAAGUGACAAAUGAUCCUGAAAACCGAUCUUCUGAGAUAACUGCAUUCCACGGGUUGGAUGUCCAAAACUGUGGGGAGCAUUUAGAGCAGGAAAGUGUUAGUCAGUGGGCUGAACGAAGAUGUUUAGCCUUGCCUUGCUUAUCACCCUGUGCAGUGCCGCAGGUAGCCCGGUCCCUCUUGGUUUGGGAAAAUGAAUGGUAAGUAGCUAUAACUGGCCAACUGUCUAUCACUUACCUGAAAACUUAGUAUGGGGUGCUUUUAAAAUGUGAUUAUUUAUGUUUAUGUUGAAAGCAGACUUUACAAAAUAAUGUGCUGUAAUACAGUAAAUACUUACUUGUAGCCUGAAUAGUGGACUGUGUGCAACUUUUUUAAAUGAUUUUUUUUCUAUAGAUUAACCUCUUGGGGGCAAAUGAUCAUUUGUUGCAUUUGUUCAAUUUGUUAUAUAUGGAGACUAUUUUGAAUUUAUGGUUUUCUUGAUGUGUGAAUUAAAAACACAGUCAGUGUUCAGGCUUCACAGUUAUGUAAUGUAAGCACAACUAAAAUGAAACACGUUGACUGCACAAGAAAUUACAAAAAUGUUACCUGUUUUAUGAAACUUGAUCUACAAUCAGUAAAGAUUUGAUAAUCAAUCUGUCCCUCCUCUAUCCCCAUUGU